CUUCUGCUUACCUGCUUCCCUCCUUUUCCUCUUGGCCGGUUAGUUUCAGAUGAAGAUGGAGAACGCGGAGGUGCUGGAGCUCACGGUAAAGCGGGUGCAGGGCGUCCUGCAGAGCCGGUCCCUGGAAUCGGACAAACUCCAUCGGGAGGCGAGCGAACGCUUCGCAGCCGGCUACAUCCAAUGCAUGCAUGAGGUCCACACCUUCGUCUCCACUUGCCCGGGCAUCGACGCCGCCAUCGCCGCCGAGCUCCUCAACCAUCUGCUGGAGUCCAUGCCCCUCAACGAAGGCGCCGGCUUCCAAGCCCUGCUGGGAGACGUCCUGGGGGAGGCCGCGGCCGCCGGUCCCGGGGGCGGCCUCUGGCCCGGGGGAGACGGUUUGGGCUCCCCCGGGGGCCCCUUGUCCCCACUGCCCAGUCCUCUGUCGCUGUCACCCGGUGAGGACAUUUGCUCUGACCUAGAAGAGGCCUCAGAGGUAGAACUGAGCCAGGUGGCCCAGGACGGGCCGGAGCCUGCCCUCUGCAUCCCCAGCGGCUUGCCAUCCUCGGCCGUGUCCAAGUGCAUGUGGAGACCUUGGUGAUGAGCAGACGGCUGCCUCGGCGUGGGGGGCAAGGGGAAUGGGCCACACCUGGUUGGCCCCCCUUCCCUCUUGUCUCCCUCCUCCUCCUCCUUCCUUCCCCCGGCCUCCCGCUGCGGGGCCAGGCCGGACACAUUGGCUGGGUCCUAGAUCUGGGGCUCUCUCUGAUGUCUGAAGUUGCAGGCGUGCAGGGGAACUAGCCAGGGGACUGACAGGCCUGUGCAGUGGAACUUCCCUAAGCCCUUUGUGGGUUGGGGGGGUUUCAUUUUGUAUAUUUUUCUUUAGCUUUUCUUGGUUCCACCUUUUCCUCUGGGGGAACCGGGAACCAGUAGCAGUCCAGGAAAGGGCCCAGUUUAAAGUUAGUUCCCACCACCACACCAAAGCCAAGGGCCGGGAGUUUGCCACCCUUUUCUGCUUGUGACAGGGCAUCGGGCCAAGGGCUAUGGGCUGGGGUGGCUGGGGAAACUUAGGAACCUGUGAACCGACUUAAUUCUACACAUCACCCAAGUGUCCUAGAGAAGGAAGCACAAAAAAGCCCAGCCAGGGCUUGGUAUUUACUUACUAGUCAUUCAACAAACAGUACUUUGAGUGGAGGGAAGUAGAGGGCAAUGGCAAAGGCCCUGGCGUUGAGGCACUUACAGUCUAAUGACGAAGAGGGUCCCAUGUCCCUUUUUCCUGCCAUUAGUGAGAGGGAAAGCUGGCAAAGCCGAGAGGGAAAGGGGGACGCCGGGCACCAGGCAGGAGAUCCGGUGAGAAAAGAACCUUCCGAGUGGUUUGUGUUGGGCAGACUUUGUAUAUUUUAGGGUAUGACCAACUUGAAAAUAUUUUUCUUUUAAUAAAAAUAAAUUGGAGCUCA